AUGUUAGCUCUGAUAGCAGUGCAAAGGCAAACUGCGAUUUUGAGGUCGACGAGGCCUUGGAGAAGGGAACAACAUGGUUGCACCGCAGGUGAUCCAAUGGUGGCAUUGACCAAGUUAAGCACAUUAGCGCACACACCUAGUUUAAGGGCAUCACCUGUCACUGAUGAUGAUUUUCCUGAUGUACAUCCUACUUUCUAUUUUAUUACCGGAAAAUACAUGCUUUUCAGUAAAGGCUGCAAGCUAGUUGGUUGUGGAUCAGCGGUGCCAUCUCUUUCAGUUUCAAAUGACGAUCUUGCAAAAAUAGUUGAUACUUCUGAUGAAUGGAUAUUUUUCUGCACUGGAAUACGUAAUCGACGGGUUGUUUCAGAUCACUUAUUUGUUUGUGUUCUGGCAACCUUAAUUUACGUUGUAAGGUCCAAAGAAUUUGCUGCAUGCAGUGGAUUCAUGUUGGGUCUGUUCUCAGCUUCUUGCUACAUUAGGGGAGGUGGCUUGCGUAAUGUUUUAGUAAUUAGAGCUUCUGAUGUUAUUUCUCGAUUUGUUGACUGGAUCGAUAGAGGAACAUGCAUUCUCUUUGGGGAUGCUGGUGGUGCUGUUGUUGUUCAGGCCUGUGAUGCUGAGGAGGAUAGUUUAUUAAGCUUUGAUUUGCAUAGUGAUUGUGAGGGUGCAAGACAUCUCGGUGCCCUCAUAAAUGACAACGAAAUCAAUGAUCUGUUGGGUUCUAAUGGUUCGGCGUUAGAAUUUCCUCCAAAAAGGUCCUCUUAUGCCUGCAUACAGAUGAAUGGUAAAGAAGUACAAAGAUGUACAAAGAUGCUGAGGAUAGUACUCUGGAUAAUAUCUUUCAUUGAUUUGGCAAAUUACGGCAAUACAAGUGCUGCAUCCAUUCCUUUGGCAUUGGACGAAGCUGUUCGAAGUGGAAAGGUGAAGCCAGGCCACACGAUCGUGGCUUCAGGUUUUGGUGCAGGUCUAACUUGGGGGUCUGCUGUUAUCAAAUGGGGAUGA